UCCAUCAGUGUAGUAGUCUACUAAUCCCUGCGCCCAGUUGGUGGAAAUCCCCACGUGGUUUUCCACUGGUGUAUAAAAACUUUGGGUGCGCGGAGCCCCUGUUGUCGUGAUUGCAAAGGGAGAAAAGGGUCUCAGUGAACAACAGCAUCUUGCAGGACGCACGGAGCUGCGCGCAACGGACCCAGUACCCAGGCGCACACACACACACACACACACACUCACACACACACACACACACAAAAGACACGGGACUCCGCGAGCUUUGUUAUUCUCUGUGGGACUGCAGCUGUUGGACUUUCUGCAUGUUGUUUGAAUGGGAAAGAGCGGGCUGGACGCUUUUGGAGACCGAGUUUUUUUUUAUUUAGACUUAUCGGCGAGGUGGUGUACUUGUCUCCGUUUGUUUUGGUAGGUUACACAUCUGAAGUGAACAUUCCGUAUGCCAGAAGCGCGUCAACGAUUCCAAACUUGCGAGUGCGCCUGAUAAUCAGGGAGAUGAACUUCUACUGUGUGCAGAGAAAAGACGUAUUGCUGGAUAACCAACCUGAAGGCACAGUGACUGGAGUUCAUUAGCCCCACACAGUAUUUUCAGCAGCACUCUUGUAUGUUUGGGAAUACAACGAUUGCACUGGCUUCUGUGGAUAUCUUGUGGCGUCUCAUUUUUGGAGCACGAGUGGAUGUUCUCGCGGAACUUGCAGAAUUGUAAAUUAAAAAUCAGCUUUAAGCUCAGAGUGUGUGUCUAACAUACAUAUGCACCCUUGACUUCCAUAGCAUUUAGACUGGAAUCUUAAGUUUAAAAAAAUGAGCAUCUACAGUGUGGCUUUGUCCUGUUUGGUGGCGUGCGUUCUGUCCGUGCGCUGCAGCUCGGUGGCCGGGACAGAGACUCAGAGUUCGCCCCAGGAGUCGUGCGCGUCCUGCGGCCUCAGGGCGUCGGAUCAGUCGGAGCGCAUGGACAUAGACUUUUUGGAAGCGGUGAAGAGGCACAUACUGAACCGGCUGCAGAUGAGAGACAGACCCAACAUCACCCAUCCCAUCCCGAAGGCUGCGAUGGUGACGGCGCUGAGGAGGCUGCACGCCGGGAAGGUGCGCGAGGACGGCCGGGUGGAGAUCCCCAGCUUUGACGGCCAGGCUGCGUACAACAACGAGGUUCAGGCAGAGAACUCGGAGAUUAUCAGCUUCGCAGAAUCAGAUGAGCACACAUCCAAGUCUGGCCUGUACUUCCACGUCUCCAACGAGGGCAACCAGAACCUGUUCGUGUCCCAGGCCAACCUGUGGCUCUACUUCCGCGUGCUGCCAGCCGGCCCUGAGAAGGGCCUUCGGAGGAAGGUGACCGUCAAGAUCCAUUACCAGGAGGCUGCGGCUGCUGGCGGUGCGGAGGGAGGUCCGGGAGGCGGGGGAGGUGGAGGGGGAACAGGUCGCUGGGCUCUGGUGGAGAAGCGGGUGGAUCUGAAACGCAGCGGAUGGCAUACUUUCCCCCUGUCGGAGGCGUUGAGGGCUGUGUUUGGGAAAGGCGGCCGGCGUCAGGACCUGGAGGUCCACUGUGAUGGUUGCGAGACAGCUGGCGUGGCUCCGGUGCUAGUGGACCCAGGCGACCCAUCCCACCGGCCCUUCCUGGUGAUGCGGGCGCGACAGGUGGACGGAAAGCACCGCAUUCGCAAGCGGGGGCUCGAGUGCGACGGCACCAGCGGGGGCCUUUGCUGCCGGCAGCAGUUUUACAUAGACUUCCGCCUUAUUGGCUGGAACGACUGGAUCAUUGCGCCAGCUGGUUAUUACGGCAACUACUGCGAGGGCAGCUGCCCGGCCUACAUGGCCGGCGUGCCCGGUUCGGCUUCAUCCUUCCACACGGCAGUAGUUAACCAGUACCGCAUGAGAGGCAUGAGCCCCGGCUCGGUCAACUCCUGCUGCAUCCCCACCAAGCUCAGUACUAUGUCCAUGCUCUACUUUGACGAUGAAUACAACAUCGUAAAGAGGGAUGUGCCCAACAUGAUCGUGGAGGAGUGUGGCUGCGCUUGAGUCCACACCGACAUUCAUUAUCUUUGGACUAUGGAACAGUCAGAAAGGCCUUUUAUACAAACGGGACGUUAUUGUAUGGUACACAUAUUCAAUAUAUCUAUACCUACUGUUUGUGCAAGCAGCACGCACACUGGCGCGUCUGGUGCAUCUCGCAAAUGCAAAAGUACCAGUGUUGCGUCCAUGUGUGUUACGUGUGUGUUUGCACAUGUUCAUGUGAGUGUGUGUAUUUAUCAGACUGAGUGACUGAGUGCUUGCUGUCCCUGCCGACGACCACUCAGCGAUGGGACGAGAAGGGAACGAUUAUCACCAAAUGAUACUUUGCUCUAGUUUGCCAUUUCUAGUCGAAAAAUAAUGGCUCAUCAUCUCCUCUCGAAUGAAGAUAACAAGCGCUUAAGGAAAAGUGACAGGAUCAGCUGCCGACAUGAUUGGCUUCGCCCCCAACGCUCCCAUACACCCCGCUCCUCCAACCCUCUUAAGUACUUAAGCACACGACAGACUUUUUUUUUUUUUUAUAAAGCACUGACAAUUCAUCCGCUUAUACAAUUCAGAAACACCAGCACUUCCCUACGACGCCGACAGACACAGUCUGACUGUCCUCUCUGGUGACAUCAGACCGGCAGCGCUUAACGCCUUGCAGGAUUAUAAACGCUCCACAGAAAGGCGAAAGAAAGUCCUCCAUGUAGCUGCUGCUGCUGCUCUUGCCAUUCUUGCUGUUGACUACGGGCCUCAACUUCCUGCCUGUCAAGAGAGCUGCAGGCCCUGCUACCAUGACAACCAGGUGAAGAUAGAUCUCAUAAGUGCACUUCACUUGUGCACUGGGAGCGACAGAGAGAGAGAACUGCUUCCUCCCCCAUCCCCCCUCCCCCCCGAGGCUCAGCAGAAGGGGCCUGUGGACGUGGACUCCAGUUUGGGCCACACAGUGCAGUGCAGCACUUGCAGAAACUGAAAUGCACACCCUGAAUAGCACUUGUAUAAAGAAAUGCCUUCCAAGGGGUACUGAGUAGGGGUGUAAAUCAUAGGUUUUUUAAUCCCGGUACCAACAUCGAUUCCUUGGACAACGAUACGAUAUUUGGCUGAAAGUCUGUCACAAUGCGAUCACGAUUCGAUUCAAUUCUGGGCCCUGCGAUCAAUUUGAGACGGAUUAAUGAGCCCAUUUAACACAAAAAGGCAAAAUACAUAUGAUUUGACAACUUUAUAACUGAGCUCUUCAAGAUAUUUAAAUGAACAACAAACUACUCUUUUUAAUAAAAAGAUCAAAUAUAAAGUGUGAAUACAAAAUAAUAAUAAGGCAUCUUACCGAUGAUAUGUAUCGAUAAUAUCGAAUCGUAGAUCACUGAAUCGAUACGCCGAUCCAGAUCGACGUAUCGUUACACCCGUAGUACUGAGUGUCCUGUCCUAUCGCUAAAUAAGUGCCACAUGAGCUAUGCAAUGUAUAGUAACCUAUACCCAUACUCAACAUGCUCUGUUAGACUGGAUUCUCUUUCCAUCUUUCUCUCUUCUCUCUUCUCUCUCCUCUCUCCUCUCUCUCUCUCUCUCUUUCUCGCUUCACUCCUCGACUCUUUAUCAAUACUUGAAAUGUAAUCUUUCGCUUCCUUUCCAAAGCGAAUGAUUGUUGUGACGUUUGCACUGAAAAGUUGCGGGAUUAGUGAGACAAAAAACUGCCAUUGAAAAGUUAUUUUUAUAGAAGUAAAUUGAAUUUUGUUUCAAAUGUAUUUUACCUAAUUAAUGGAACCAAAGAGGCCAAGAUUUUAGCUAUUGUACUAAGAUGGCAAGGCCAUUGAGUUAUUGUGUACAAUACUGUUUUUGAUCAUUUGCAAUAGGCCUACCACUGUAUCAGGGUACGAUAUAUGAUUUCAUUUCUUAGCUCUAUUUUCAUUCCGUUUUGUACAAUAAGCAACACUUUUUCCAUCUUUAAUUCUGUUUUUGUUUUAAGUUUUCUAUUUAAUAAAAAAGUUAUUUUUAGUUCCUUUCUAAGAAUCAUUUAGUCAAAUAAAUGUCAUCUGUACAGUUUAUGUAAAAUAAAAUGUUUUCUUAAAUAUUCA